GCACUAAAGUAGUCAGUUGCGAGGCAGCCGCUCGCCGACCGGCCGUCUUUCGUAUCAAUAUUUACGCCGCGAAAAUGCUCAAACUGGUCAAGGGAGUAAGGCGAUUGAACGCCGCAUGGCGUCGCUACAGCACCGCGAGCGUUAUCGGAACCGAGCCGAACAGAAAUGAUCCCUACUACCAAGAAAAUAAGGCAAAAAUGGAGGAAUUAGUACAGGAACUACGUUUAAAAACCAGUGACGCUAUCAAAGGCGGCCCAGAAGAAGCAAUUAAAAGGCACACGAGCAGAGGAAAACUUCUCGUGAGGGACAGGAUAAACCGGUUGGUGGACGAGGGCAGCGACGUACUGGAGUUAAGCACGCUCGCCGCCACCGGAAUGUACAAGGACCAAGUGCCCAGCGCCGGCAUCGUCACCGCUAUCGGCAAAGUUCACGGUCACGAUUGCAUGAUAGUCGCUAAUGACGCAACAGUCAAAGGCGGAACAUAUUUCCCUGUCACCAUUAAGAAACAUUUACGAGCGCAAUCUAUUGCUCAAGAAUGUCGUCUACCGUGCAUCUAUCUAGUAGAUUCCGGAGGAGCUCAUCUACCUGACCAAGCCGAUGUGUUCCCUGACCGAGAACAUUUCGGAAGAAUCUUUUACAAUCAGGCAAAUAUGUCUGCUGAGGGUAUACCGCAGAUUUCCGUAGUAAUGGGAUCUUGUACGGCAGGCGGCGCUUAUAUUCCUAGUAUGUCCGAUGAAAGUAUUAUUAUCAAAAAUCAGGGGACGAUUUUCUUAGCCGGACCACCACUAGUUAAGGCUGCGACCGGGGAAAUGGUGUCUGCAGAAGAUUUGGGAGGAGCGGACUUGCAUUGCCGACAAUCCGGCGUUACAGAUCAUUACGCUCAAGAUGAUGAACACGCCCUACACCUGGCUAGGAAUGUCGUCGCUAAUUUGAAUUGGAAUAAUGAUCAAAAAACGAGAAUUUAUACUCAAAAAGUUGAGGAACCGGUUCACGAUAUAAACGACCUUCACGGCAUAGUCGGAGCAAAUAUUCAGAGACCUUUUGAUAUUAGAGAAGUUAUUGCUAGAGUGGUCGAUGGAAGCAGGUUUCACGAAUUUAAGCAACUGUAUGGCGAGACUUUGGUGUGCGGGUUUGCUUCUAUUUACGGUCACCCGGUGGGUGUGAUAGGAAAUAAUGGAGUUCUGCAAUCGGACUCAGCUCUGAAAGGUGCUCAUUUUAUUCAACUAUGCGCCGCUCGUAAGAUUCCCUUACUGUUUCUUCAAAAUAUUACUGGAUUUAUGGUCGGUAGAGAAGCUGAAGCCGGUGGUAUUGCGAAAAAUGGAGCCAAAAUGGUAACCGCAGUAAGUUGCUUUAAAGGUCCUAAAAUAACAGUUCUCGUAGGCGGAAGUUUUGGAGCUGGAAAUUAUGGAAUGUGUGGACGGGCUUACUCACCUAAUUUCCUUUACAUGUGGCCUAAUGCUAGGAUAUCGAUUAUGGGUGGACCGCAAGCAGCUACAGUCUUGUCUUUAGUUGCUAAAGACAAAGCUCAAAGAGGUGGUAAGCCGUGGACUGAUGAAGAUGAGAAGAAGAUUCGUGCUCCGUUGGAAGCACAGUUCGAGAGGGAAGGACUGCCAUACUUCAGUACGGCGCGUCUGUGGGACGAUGGUAUCGUAGCUCCACAGGACACCAGAAAGGUGAUAGGGCUCAGCUUAUCAGCGGCAUUAAAUGCGCCGUUUAGAGACAGUAAAUUUGGAGUGUUCAGAAUGUGAUUUGAUAACAUUAGUUGAACGCUUCUCGAGUGAAUUGUAUCACGAUGACGUUGUUUGUUUCGUAACAGUUCACUUAUUUAUCUUAUCAUUGAGUGUUGCAAAUGUUUAAUUUGAUAUCAUUAAAGGUGACUUGAUUAAAUUAUGUUGAAUAUAUUAUAAUAGUUGAUUGUGGUAUGUACAUUUUCUUGUAUUGAACAGUUUUACGAAAAUGUGUGGUGUUAAAGUUUUACAUAUUGGAAUGGUGUUAUUAACGCACAGACAGUUGGUACUAAUAUUGAGAAGGAAAAAUAGAAAACAAAUACAAAAAAAAUUAUGAGACCUUUGAAACUGAUUGUUUAUAUCUACGGAUAUAUUUAAGUCUUACAUCAAGUAUUCCUUGAAGAUUUAAACAUUUAGGUCGACGUGCCAUGAU